AAAUGGACGAAGUGGAAGGCGUUGAAAGAAUUGGUGUGGUGUUGUUGGGAUUUUGUGUUGCAGGUGUUCGAUUACGGGAUUUAUGAUGUUGUGGAUGUGCUUUGUUCGCCUGGAAUGAUUGAAAGGAACACUGGAUGGCUUGUGUUCUUUAAAACCCAGCAAUUAUGA